AUGUGUCAAGAGCUAGGGCCGCUCACCUGUGUGGUCUUGACUGUCCCACAGAAGUAUGUGAACACAACAGUUGGUGGGAAUAUCACUCUCCUCUCCACAUAUACAACACAGACGGAUUCAUCUAACCUGUUUAUCCAGUGGAGUUUUUACAGUGCCCAAGACAGAAAAUUAAAUACGCAGGCCCUGUGCCAGUAUAUGGAUGAGAAGUCCACCAGGGACUGUCAAAAGAUGGUAUAUGUGGUAGAUGCUCGGGGAAGAUGUAGCUGGAGACACCAGAUCUACUUUUCUCAGCGAGGCCAGGCAAGUUCCUAUGGAGAGUUCCGAGGCAGAAUCCAAGGCGUGAACAGCACUGGAAAUGCCUCCAUAACUAUCUUCAACAUGCGAGCAUCAGAGACCGGUAUAUACACCUGUGAAGUUUUCAAUCCUGCGGACUCAGGAACCCAGGGCCAAAAACAUGUGAUUGUCAGCGUACUAGUCCCGCCAGCCCAGCCUCACUGCAGCCUUCGUGGGACACCUGAGAUGGGCCACCUCAUCUCCCUGUAUUGUUUCUCUGAGGGAGGUUUGCCUUCUCCGACCUACCGGUGGGACAAAGUAUCUGGGGACAUAGUCACGCCAGUGACAGACACCUACA